UCACCCGCCAAGCGCCUGACGCUCAGCUCUGCCGGCACCUUGAAGAUCGGCCCGCAGGCGGGGCAGACCACCGUGCUCAGCAUCCCGCUGCAAGGCGGCGGCAGCGAGCACACCAUCACGCUGAUCCCCGUCCAACCGUGCGAUCCAUCGGCCGGCGGCCCCACUCAGUUCCUGCUCACAGCAUCCCCCGGCCGCCCCCUUCCCGCACCCGCGCCCGUCGCCGCACCCGCCAACGCCCAGCCGGCCAGCGGCCGGCCGCAGCGCACCGGAUCCCUGGCACUUUUCUUCCGCAAGGUGUACCACCUGGCCAGCGUGCGCCUUCGCGAUCUGUGCGCCCGACUGGACAUCUCGUCGGAGCUGCGUGCAAAGAUCUGGACAGCCUUUGAACACGCUCUGCUUCAUGCCACCCAACUCAUGAGGGACCGGCACCUGGACCAGAUGCUGCUCUGCACUGUCUACAUCAUCGCCAAAAUCACCAAGGAGGCGCACACGUUCCAGGACAUCAUGAAGUGUUACCGCAGCCAACCGCAGGCCAGCAGCCAUGUGUAUCGCAGUGUCCUCCUGCAUCGCACUCCCAGACCGCAGGGUGCGCUAACAGACGAAAACAUGGAGGUUGAUCCUGCGUCUGGAGCAGAAUCUACCGAGACGACGCAAGCGGGCGAGGAGGAACGCGGCGACCUGAUUCAGUUUUACAACAACGUCUAUGUGAUCAAGAUGAAAAGUUUUGCCAUGAGAUAUGCUACGCAUGACAACAGGAUGGACGCCCCGCCCAUGUCUCCGUUCCCUUCAGUGCGUUGCCACCCGCCGUCUCCUCGCCGAGUGUCUCAGCGUCAUAGCGUUUACGUGUCGCCCCACAAAGCGUCGGCGGGAGGCCUGGCCCCAAACUCUUUCACCUUCCGCAUCAACAGCAGCCCCUCCAAGGAUCUGUCUGACAUCAACCGCAUGCUGCGUCAAGGUUGCAACGGCCGCAAAAGAGCCCUCGGCAUGGAGGGCGAGCUGAUGAUAUCGUCAGCAUGUGACUCCCCCAGCAAGCGGGCGUGUCCCGAGAACAGCGCUAGUGGCCCCGACAUUUUGCUAAAGAGGCUGCAGGACGUUGUGUCGGAGAGGCAGAGCCACUGACCAAGUGGCUGCCAUCAAAAAUGUGCUAGCACGCUAAUAGGAUUGUGAAUCAAAGACCUAACGUUAACACCUUAACAUGACUGUUAGCUAUGGUUAUAUAACGUUACUGGUCAUUGCUUGAGCUGACGGGUAUGACCAGUCACUGUGAAAAGAACGCUUGCUUGCUAACGUGAUUGGACAUGACAGGGCUAAUGUUAACUCCUUAACAGGACUCUUAGAAAAGUAAUGUUAGCUGUCAAAAUAACAUCACAGGUCAUUACCGACUUAAUUAUGUCGCAUGACCAGUUGCUGUGGAGCUAACACUAGCACACUAACGUGACUUGUUAUUACUGAGAUAGCGCUUGUAAGCUAAUGUGACUUCUCAUACUAAAGCUAAGGCUAACUCUGAUACAUGUAAACUGUCAUUACCCACCUAAUGCUAACCCUGACACAACUGGUCACAUGGAGCUAAUGCUAGCACGCUAAUGUUUGUUAAUUAUGAAUGUGUUAAUGUCUUUGCGAGACUGCAAAAGGUCUUUAUAGGUUUUGUGUAAACUUAUGUAAAAGUGUAUGUUUUUGUUGUUCCACUUGAGUCAAGGAAAACUAUGAGGCUGAGAUUAGCAUGUACAUGUAGGAUUUGGUGUUAUUUGUUCUAGCUGUGAGCCCAAAUUAUGACGUUGGCGCUAUUGUCCUCAGAAGUUUGUAAAACUUUUUUGUUUUUAUUUUUGUUGUUGGAAUCUCCUCGACUAUUUCUGUGUUCUUGCUCGUUUAUGUUUGUGUAGCAUCUACACAUGUGUUUGGCAAGUGUGUUGAACUUUAUCUUGAUCUUAUCUGUUGUGUGACUUUGUAGUUUGAUUUGUGAAAUUGAAAUCCAAUGCACAAAGUAAUGUGU